CUAAGGAAAACGGAACAAACAGUAGACAAAUGCUUUUCUGCUCUGCUGGGGAAAUUUCUAUCUCCUCACAUGGGAGCCUCGCCCGAAUCCGAGGGAGCCUCUGUUGGCGGUGCUGCGAUGUUUUGUUUUGCCACCCGGGUCGUGUCCUGUGGUCCAGGCUGGACUCGAACUCGGGGCCCAAACUUCUGACCCUCCAGCUGGCUGAUGACAGGUGCCCACAGGCACCUAGCUGUGAACUCAGGCACGCCGGUCAUCCGGCGCUCGGGAGGCUGAGGCAGGAGGAUCGCUGUGCGAUCACGGGCCGCAGUGAGACCCCGUCUGUGUCCGCCCACGUGGUCUCCAGCCCCGGGGACCCGGCACACAGAGUCCUCACGAGCGCCGCCCUCCGCAGGCUGAGGCUGCAUGAGGAGAAGGUCAUCAAGGACCGGCGCCACCACCUCAAGACCUACCCCAACUGCUUCGUGGCCCGGGAGCUCAUUGACUGGCUGAUCGAGCACAGGGAGGCUGCAGACCGCGAGACGGCAGUGGCGCUGAUGCAGAAGCUGGCGGACCGGGGCAUCGUGCACCACGUGUGUGAUGAGCACAAGGAGUUCAAGGACGUCAAGCUCUUCUACCGCUUCCGCAAGGACGAUGGCACCUUCCCGCGGGACGCCGAGGUCCAGGCCUUCGUGCGGGGUCAGCGGCUGUAUGAGAACCUCCCGAGGGCUCAGGUGACAGGCGGCCACCACUGUGCCCAGUCUGUACUUUUCCUCCAAGCCCACACCGCUGCCCUGCUGCUGCAGGUUGUCAACAGCGUCCCCUUUCCGUGUCCUUCAGCCGAGCAGCUGUGCCAGCGGCUCACAGAGCACGGCAUCGUCCAGCACGGGCCUGGCUCGGUGUUCUGGGUUUUGGAAGCUGCGGUUUCCGAGGAUGCAGGGCCUGACACAGCAGGUCCCCUGCCAGCCACUGCUGAGGCCGAGCAGCUGUGCCAGCGGCUCACAGAGCACGGCAUCGUCCAGCACGUGUCCAACCGGCGCCCCUUCCUGGACAGCAACCUGCUCUACCAGUUCCGGAUGAACUUCCGCCGGAGACGGCGGCUGAUGGAGCUGCUCAGCGAGGUGGCCCCGGGCAGCCCCGACACCCACGACAGCCCCUUCUGCCUGCGCCGCCAGGGCCACGAUGCCCGCAAGGCCGCCAGCUUUAUGUCAGUGAGCCCCAGCAAGGAGAUCAAGGUGGCGUCCGCGGGCCGCAGGAGCAGCUGGAGCAGCGGUGGCAGCAGCGGCUACUUCAGCAGCAGCCCCACCCUGGGCAGCAGCCCCCCGGUGCUGUGCAACCCCAAGUCCGUGCUGAAGAGACCGGUCACCUGGGAGGAGCUGCUGAGCCCCGGGGCGCCGUACGCCCGCAAGACGUUCACCAUCGUGGGUGAUGCCGUGGGCUGGGGCUUCGUGGUCCGGGGGAGUAAGCCUUGUCACAUCCAGGCCGUGGACCCCAGCGGGCCUGCAGCUGCCGCAGGAAUGAAGGUGCGCCAGUUCGUGGUGUCUGUGAACGGGCUGAACGUGCUGCACGUGGACUACCGCACCGUGAGCAGCCUCAUCCUGACGGGGCCGCGCACCAUCGUCAUGGAAGUCAUGGAGGAGCUGGAGGGCUGAGCCUGCGGCCGCCCACCCCACCUCCUCCACACCUGCGCUCCUGGGGUCCAGGGUCCUGCCCUGUGCCAAUGAUGAGGAAGAGUCGGACGGCGCAUCUUUAAAAGAAUAAAUGCGCUGGUUGUGUGGUGCGCACCUGUCAUCACAGCUCUUAGGAGGCUGAGGCAGGAAGAUCUCUCAGAGUUCAAGCCCAGCCUGGGCUACACAGUGAGUCCCUGGCUCAGAAAAUAAAAAUUAAAGAGGAAAUGAAGUCAGUGUAGAAAACAUUUGGGAACCACUUUUCCUACAGGACAGAGUUGCCUUACUAGAUUUCUACUUCUUGUGCCAAUUUGUUGAGGGUUGUUUAGUAGUAGUCGUAGUAUGUCUCGCAGAUAGUUUUUGAAAUGCUUCUCAAGCUAAAACAGCACCAAGCUAAAGUCCGCUCUUGGGAGUCAUUGGAGUAGAUGUCCAGACCUUGUGGCGUGCACUUGGAGUCCAAGCAAACUGGGAGGCUGAGGCAGGAGGGUCACUUGAGCUCAGAGGUUCAAAGCCAGGUUGGACUUGUAGAGAGCCCAACUCUACAAAAAUAUUCCACCAAAAUCAUCGUGGAACCGUUUAACUGAGAGUGCAGAUGUCACUAUGCUUUAAAUGAAGAGCAACACCUAUGGGCCCAGCCUGUGAACCCGCGUUUCCGCCCUGCUCCUGUUGACCUUAGUGCUUGGAAACUGGCAGAAAAGUGACUUCCCCCACUGUUGCCUUCUGUGUCCGCUUUUACCUCUCCCCGGCUCGGUGCAGGGAAAACAAGGCAGCCUCGCUGUCCCUGGGCGGCGGGGGAUGCAGAGCCGAUGCCUGUUCGUUCUCUGAGCUGAAGUCAUUUUCUCAGGAUCCAUCCCAUUUAUUUCUAAAUCUGUGGCCGCAAGGAGACGCACACGCGAUGCAGGACUCGGAGAACACAAGGGGCGCUGCCUGCCUCCCGCGGCCCUGCUCCGAGCCGCAGCUCCCGUCGUCACCUUCAUCCUGUGUGUGUGUGUGUGUGUGUGUGUGUGUGUGUGUCUUUUCUUUCUCUGGAAAACAGAGCCCGCCUGGGCCGUGGCUGGAAUUUGGGUGUCAGGGACCCCACUGCUGGUCCUGAGUGCCGGGGUUACUGUCUGAUGCACUCACGAAGAAAAUCUGCGUGCUGUUCUCAGCCACUCUGUGAUCGGUCACCGCCGUGUGUCGGACCAGCAGCGUGGUAGGAGGCUGAGGCUGGAGGAUCUCUGAGUGAGAGGCCAGCCGGGGCUGACUCGGCCCUGGUCUCAGGUCCUCGACCUCCUGCUGUCCUCACCGCCUUCCAAGGCAGAGCUUAGCCUCGUUUUUUCAGGGCCUCAGCCGAUUGAAGCUGUGCCUGGGUCCCUACCCCAGCCUCCUGUCUUCGUACUUCAGGAGGCCCAGCUUUGCCCAGGGCCACACCUCGUUUGUCCUUGAACACCUGGGAUCAAUGUGGUCACCACCUCUCCUCCGCAGACAGAUGGCUGGGGGGGUCCACGCAGAUGCCGGGGGCAGGGGCUUCCUCGGGGCGGGGGCGCAGAUACGGGAGUGACAUCGUUUUUCAUUUUUCAAAGCUUUUUGUCUUUGUAACAGGGUCUCGCUGUGUAGUCCAGGCUGACCUCGAACUAACCGUGGCAGUCUUCCUGCCUCAGCCUCCGAGUGCUGGGAUCACACGUGUGUCCAUCACGCCCAGUUUAUAACAUUUUGGAAAAAAAGGAGUUAGUUUUCGGCCCUGGUGUUCGCUCACUGACCGGAGAGGGCGGAGCGGCUUUCCAGACGGCCGAUGCCCAGGCCUGAGCCCCGAAUGGCGGUGACCUCCCUCGGCCGUGCGUGGGCAGCACACGGACGGGUGGGCGGGGUGAGCAGACCCGCGAGCGCAAGUCCCAAACCCUCUGUGGUCUUCCCAGAGGCUCCCGGGGCGCCGGUGGGGUCCCUCCUGCCCCACUCGGAAGGUUCUGGAAGGGUGGCGCCCCACGGCCAUGCAGAGUGGAGACCAGAGGGGAAACUAAGGCAGGCGGGGCCCUGCAGGCCCAGCCCCACGGCUUGUGGGGUGACAGUCUCCGCCCCGCCCCGCAGCCCGAGACCCACAAAGCACAGUGGGGCCGUGAUCCAUUCCGGCCGUGGUCGUUAAAUCACAUAAGUGUUUUGUGUGUUGUUUUCAUGGUUGUCCCGCUUUCAAUUUUAAGAGCUAGCGUGCUUGCUUUCUUUCUUCUCUUUCGUUCAUUCUUUUUUCUUUCUUUCCCUUCCUUUUUCUUUCUUUCU